CUUGGCCGUCACUAUGGCCUACACGGCUGAAGGCUUCAUUUACGUUCUCCACGCCCUUACCAACCAUGGCUGGUGGGCAUCUCAGGACUCCGUUCUGUAUAUCCUAGCGUCUGUUCUCGUAUGGGGGUGCAUAUAUUGCAUGCUUUACGAAUCGAAAAAUCCUGUCUGGUCACCAUACGUUGGCUCGUGGGUUCUCGGACUUGUCUUGGAGGUAGUAGUGUGCGGCCUGUCCAUUGCCGCCAAUCCUCCGACUAAUGACUUCGAAAACAUACAAUUGGCCUUGCAAACCAUCAGGAUCGCAUUCCUUAUUGUACUCUCUACAAAUGGAAUAUUGCUCGUAUUCCCUCCUGCGAAACCUGCCCCUCAAGGAGAUGCAGAACGGCAGCCGCUUCUCAACGGGAAUGGGACCGCUGAUGGCACAGACAGCGAGACCUUGUAUGGCACCACCCCUGCAACGUCAAAGAACGCCAGUGACGAUGAGGACGAGGAUGAGCCCGAAGACAGGAACAAGAAAAUCAAGGAGCAACAGCGCAAACGUCUCGAGGAGCAGGGAGGCUGGUUGGGAUAUCUGAAAGGCUUCUUGAUAUUCCUGCCAUACGUCUGGCCUUCCAAGAACCGGCGGAUGCAGCUCUACAUCUGCAUAAUUGCGUUUUGCAUCCUUGCAGAGCGAGCUCUCAAUGUUUUGAUCCCUCAACAGCUAGGUAUCAUUGUCAACAAGCUUACCGAUACCGAGGGGACCGGUGAAAUGCCAUGGAAAGAAAUCGGCCUCCUAAUGUUCUACAAAUUCUUGCUGUCGCGCGCUUGUUUGGACUCUCUGCAGAGCAUGCUUUCGAGCCGAUUAACAUACUGGUCAUUCCUUCGACUCACAAAGGUCGCCUUUGCCCACGUUAUGGGUCUUUCCAUGGAGUUCCACGACAAUAAAGAUUCCGGAGAGCUUAUCAAAUCGGUUGAUCAAGCGAGCUGCCUCAACUCGCUCGUCGAGUUAGUACUGUUCCAAACUGGUCCCGUCGUCAUCGACUUGUGGGUUGCCAUGGCAUAUGUCACAUACUUGUUCGAUAUCUACUUCGCUUUCAUUCUCGUGACCAUUGGGGUGGUUUAUACAUUCGUCACGUACAAGUUCACGAACUGGACAUCCAAAAUGCGACGCGUGUAUACCGAGAAAUCGAGAAACGAAAGCAAAGUGUUAUACGAGAAUGUCAGCAAUUGGCAAACAAUUUCCUACUUCAACCAAUUUGAUUACGAGUCAGAUCGGUUGGCAAAAGCAUGCAGCGAGCAGGCCAUGACAGGGCAGAAGUACAACGAUCUCUCGAACUUCAUGUUUGGCACUCAAGAAGUAGUCAUGCUUUUUGGGCAGCUAUCCAUCAGCUUUCUAGCAGCGUACCGCGUCUCCCAAGGAGAUCGACCGGUUGGAAACUUCGUUGCUCUUUCUAGCUAUUGGGCUACACUCUCAUACCCUCUUCAUAUGCUUGCGUACUCGUACAAAAAGCUUACCAUAGACCUCAUCGAUUCUGAACGCCUUCUACAGUUGCUCAACACAAAAUCUAAGGUGGUAGAGCGCGACGGAGCUCCAGAUCUAAAAAUCAACGGUGGUCGGGUGGCUUUUAAUGAAGUCAGCUUUGCUUACGAUGAGCGCAAAACCACCAUCAAGGACCUCACUUUUGUCGCGGAACCCGGCCAGACUGUAGCUUUGGUUGGAGAAACUGGAAGCGGGAAGUCUACCACUCUCAAACUUCUCUUCCGAUUCUACGAUAUCAGCGGAGGAAGUAUCACAAUCGACGGCCAAGAUAUUCGAGACGUCACUCUGGGCAGUCUAAGGGACGGGCUUGGCGUAGUGCCGCAGGACCCGAGUCUGUUCAACAUAUCAAUCCUGGAAAACGUAAGAUACGCUCGACUGGAUGCUACGGACGAGGAGGUCUACGAAGCUUGCAAGGCAGCGUCUAUUCACGAGAAGAUUCUGACCUUCCCAGACGGCUACAAGACCAAGGUUGGGGAGCGUGGAGUGAAGUUGUCCGGUGGAGAGCUUCAAAGAGUCUCCAUUGCACGAGUUUUCUUGAAGAACCCGAAAAUCGUUCUACUAGAUGAGGCCACAUCGGCAAUCGACUCUUCAACUGAAUCGCAGAUCCAGGAGUCAUUCCGAAAGCUUAGCACUGGACGGACUACAUUCAUAAUCGCCCAUCGGCUUUCUACAAUCAUGGACGCUGAUUGUAUUCUGGUCGUGGAUAAGGGUGAGAUCGUCGAACGCGGCACACACCAGGAGCUUCUGGAUCUCGGCGGAAACUAUGUCAACCUCUGGAAUAAGCAAAGCGCGAAGAAGAAUAAGAGUGGUGGGAGCUCAGUGACUGAGGCCGGCGAACAGGAGGUGCUGAUCCCAGAUCUCCUAGAAAGCACACUCCCUCCGCAAGCUGCCACCUUAGAUGGUGUCACGGACGGAUCUAGUCUUCUAGACCAGGAUGUCAACGAAUGCAUUGAUCAACUUGAUGGCCACAGUGGAAGCAAGCAAAUGCUAGGCUCAAAUCCUAGGCAUAAGACUGAGAAGCCAUCUAGCAUCAAGUCUUGUUUCAAGGACGACGAGCUCUCGAGCGACGAUGACGCAGACGACGAGACCGGUGCCGCUGGAGAUGCCGCAAUUCUCAACGCGCCUUUGACGGAACUCACGCCUCGGCCGACAGAAACAGCACUACCGUCUAUAGCCAAGGUGUCAAAAGGCAAAGGAAAGAAGGUAGAGAGCGCAGAGAGGAAAGAUGGGCCAUCAGCAGACAAGAAGCCUUAGCGAUGGCCCGGAGACAUCAAAGUAGAUGAAGCUGGUCAACACAUUGAAUACGUUACAGCGAACUUCCGGGGAUAUGCUUUCCAGGCCGAAUGUGAUACGUGGACAUCGCUUUAUGUCCUGUCCGAUGAAUACACGACCUUUUACGAGUUAUGGCGUUCAUGAGUCCGGCAUCAAUUGAGAAUGGGCAUAUAUUACUAUUUGGGCACUGUUCUUAAUAGCGGGAUUACCUCUUCUACUAAGGCAAUGGCAUCCAGGUGGCAGUGUUGAUGCAUUUCUAGCGAAUCUUAGACUAGUUUAGGCAAAUAUACGCAUGUCUUUUAUGGAUUAAGGAUAUUCAAUAGAGUUAGAAUUCGGACGAAUAUUGAGAUUGAC